AUUCCACGGAGUCGACGUUCACAUCCGCAUUGUCAUGAAAAUGUGUUUGUUGUGACAGCGGAUAUCGAGCCUGAAAAACGAGCACAAAACAUGCAAUUUUAGAGAAUUUUCAGCUGGGUUCUGCACUGCAUAUGAAUACCGGGAUCUUGCUGAGAUACGGUGGCAAGUGGUAGGAUCACAAAGGCUCGUUUUGGUCGUUAAAAUCGUUUUUGUUUACGGGUCCAAAAACAGGCCGGUCCGUCUCGGGAGGUCAAAAUGGCCAGUACUAGCAGCAGCGGCAGCACGGGCAGCAGUAAUGCACGGCAGUCAACGGCAGCGAGACAGCGACGAAAGCGAUCGCAGCCUGCGGUUUACAACUACAACGGGGUGCACAAUUCAUACGAAGAUAAAGACAACGAUUUCCUGUGUCCAAUAUGCUUUGAUAUCAUCGAUGAAGCCCACAUGACCAAGUGUGGCCAUAGCUUUUGUCACAAGUGCAUCAUCCAAAGCCUAGAGGAGAGCAACCGUUGUCCAAAGUGCAACUUUGCCAUCGAGAAGAACGACCAGAUAUUCCCCAACUUUGCACUGAAUGAGUUGAUCUUGAAAUAUAGGCAGAAAUCGGACGAAAAACGGCUCAAGUUAUCACCACCGAAUAGUCACAUCAGCGAGCUGCAAGAGUUGAUCACAGAUCAAGACAAAUGGGAUCUAACGGAAGUCAACCUGAUGCUGGAGGUGCUAGUCAGCAAGAAGAGACAGCUGGAGAUGGACAGCUGGUUUACGCACAGUCAAAUCCUGAAGGAGUUUUUAGAACACGCAAAAAGAAGGAAACAGGAGCAAUUAGAUGAACUGACGACGCAGAUGAGACUUCUAGAAGAGGACACCAAGAGAAUUGAGGAGAGACUCGGCAAGCAUCGAGAGGUCUACACAUCUAUGCUGUCUAGUUACCCCGUUGCACUCAACAGUGAUGAGACGGUAGCUCCAUCAACAAGUCACGAACAACCAAAAAUCAAACUAGAAAAUCCCUCCAGAACAGAUGGUCCGCAGGAAGGCUUCAACGGCAGCAAAAACGGUGGUCGACAGCAAUGGUUAGACACAACGAUAGCAUCCAGAAGGAAACGACUGUACCAUCACUUUGAGGACUUGGAGCAAUGCUACUUCACCAUCAGGCAAAGUGAUGUAGCACCCAACGAGAGUAGAUCCAGUGACCAACUCAACCAGUUUACAGACAGCCUGUCUAAGUUCACACGGUACAGCUCCAUCAGACCUCUAGCCACUCUCAGCUAUGCAGACGUCUACAAUGGAUCCAGCAUAGUCUCAAGUAUUGAAUUUGACAAAGACAACGACUUUUUUGCAAUAGCCGGCGUCACCAAGAAGAUCAAAGUGUUUGAGUAUAGCGCUGUGGUCAUGGAUGCCGUUGAUAUUCAUUAUCCUGCCCACGAGAUGGUCUGUAACUCCAAGAUUAGUUGUGUAUGUUGGAGUGCGUACCACAAGGGUAUCUUAGCGAGCAGUGACUACGAAGGGACAGUCACGUUAUGGGACGCGUUCUCAGCCUCCAAGGUCCGGUUAUUUCAGGAGCAUGAGAAGCGUUGUUGGAGUGUUGAUUUCAACAGGGUGGACCCUAAAUUCAUAGCGUCGGGUUCAGAUGAUGCCAAAGUCAAGCUCUGGUCCACCAACCAGGAGCGUUCCGUGGCCUGCCUGGAGGCCAAGGCCAACGUCUGCUGCGUCAAGUUCAAUCCUUCCAAGAUGUACUCCUUAGCGUUUGGUUCGGCCGAUCAUUGCGUCCAUUACUACGACCUGCGGUACCCCAAGCAGCCCCUCAUGGUCUUCAAAGGACACAAGAAGGCAGUGUCAUACACCAAGUUUGUCAACUCCGAGGAGAUUGUCUCUGCCUCUACAGACAGCCAGCUGAAGCUGUGGUCCGUGGACAAGCCCCACUGUCUGCGGACGUUCCGCGGUCACACCAACGACAAGAACUUUGUGGGCUUGACAGCAAAUGACGACUAUAUAGCCUGCGGCAGUGAAAACAACUCUCUGUAUCUGUACUACAAGGGCCUGUCCAAACAGCUGGUCACGUUCAAGUUUGACACGGUCAGGAGUGUUCUAGACAAAGAGAAGAAGGAAGAAGAUGCCAAUGAGUUUGUCAGUGCCGUAGCCUGGAGAACGGGUACUAACGUUCUAGUCGCAGCCAACAGCCAAGGUACCAUCAAAGUACUGGAGUUAGUAUGAGACACCCGACCUCCUCCUUCCGUGGGACUCUCUUCUAUUCCAGUCUUCAAGCCUCGGACGGACCUUGAAACCCCACCCAUAUCAGUACACACAAUGUUGAUUUGUUUUGCUUUUUUAAAGUAUGGAUUCCAAAUACAUUUUGUCAAUCGGCGCUUGAGGAGAUCAUUCAGUCUAGCCUGCGUUCAUAGCUUCUCUUCUCUCAGUAAUCAAAGUUGUUCCACAUUUCUUUUCUGUGGAUCAGUAACCAUCUGGGUCAUCUUAUCAAUUUGACAUUUUCCAAGAUGGCAAUUUUAAAAUGAUCUCCAAUCUUUAGUUUGCUCUGCCUAGUUUCCUCUGAAAGUGCAUUUCAGAAGACGGUCCCUUGAAGGUGAUUAAAAAGUUCUUUAGUUUUGAGAUAAUUCUUGAGAGUCAGAAAUUCCUCCCUCUCUCUAUUACUCAGAGUAUUUUUGUGAUGAGACCAAAAAUAAGUUAAUGUAUUCAUUUUUGAUACGUAUUUAUUCACUGAAAAAAAGUCUGCGCAGAAGAGAUACCCUUUACAUAUAAACUCAGUCGUUCUUAUCUAAGAAAACAUAUCUAACAUAAUAUUAUUUGCUUUAAGUUAUAUUUAAAAAAAAAUUAGUCAAAAUGAUUCAGACUGCUUAAGAAGGCAUCACCUUGCUUUUUAGUUUGUUGUUUUUUACAGGUCAUCAAAGUUUUAUCCAUUUUGAAAGUUGGCACAGUUGCUUACUACAGUGUAUGUGAAAGCUUUUUGAGGUUAAUGUAGCGAAUAAAAGGGGAACCGGGUACCCGUUUGACAUAAAACACAGGUACCCGGAUACCCGUAAAAGAAACCCAACCUAACAAUUCAUAUCCCGGAAGUUGUCUGAAGGGUUUUAUAGCUUAACAGUGUAAACUUUCUUGAGCGUGAUCUGCCAUGUUAAAAUGCACAUAAAUGUGACAUCGGUUUUGGUUUUCCAUGCAGCCUGGUUUUCAUUUUGCAAAUAAACCUUUUC